CACUUGUGAAUAAUUGAAUACCCUGCAACUUUUCUUUUGCAAUUGAAAGUUCCACCGACGAAUUUUUCUUCUCCAUCCAAAUAAAUGAAAACCAGUAGUGUGUUGAAUCUAGUUUCAGUCGUCGGAAUUCUCCUUGGAGUUUUAUCACAAACGAUUAAGUGUCAAAACUGCGGCUGUGGACCAAACGUCUGUUGUAGUCGUUUUGGUAUUUGCGAAACCACAAACCAGUCGUGUGCUGUUGGAUGUCAACAAGGUCCUUGCACUGCAACCCCUCCAGCUACAAAUGUUUCCAUUUCAGAUAUCGUAACACCAGUUUUUUUCAAUGGGAUCCUUAGUAAAGCCAGCAGUAGUUGCUCCGGGAAGGAUUUCUAUUCACGUGGGGGGUUUCUUGAUGCUGUAAAAUCAUACUCUCAGUUUGGUAAAGGAGGAAUCUAUCAAAAACAAGAAAUUGCCGCCUUCUUUGCUCAUGAAACUGGCCAUUUUUGCUACAUACAGGAAAUAAAUGGUGCAACCAGGAACUACUGUUAUGACUCGAGCGUGGAAUAUCCAUGUGCCUCCGGUAAAGGAUACUACGGCCGGGGACCAUUUAUGUUGUCAUGGAACUACAAUUACGGGGCUGCUGGAAAAAGCAUUGGUUUUGACGGUCUCAACAAACCUGAAACAGUUGCCAAUGAUCCAGUCAUUUCAUUCAAGACGGCCUUGUGGUUUUGGAUGAAUAAUGUCCAUUCAAUAAUAACUUCUGGCAAAGGUUUUGGUGAAACAAUCCGUGCGAUCAAUGGCGCCAUCGAAUGUAAUGGGGCUAAUUCGACUACAGUUGAGGCUAGGGUCGGUUACUAUAUGGGUUAUUGUAAUCAACUUGGUGUGCCACCGGGGAGUAACCUAAGGUGCUAAUGAAAUUUACUAAUUACUGUGACUAAUUCAAAAAUUUGAGCGAUUUGCGGAAUAAAUGAUGAUAUUUUUCCAAA